GAUGGUCUUUAAAAAUCAGUCCAGCUACAGAAUGUGAAAAUCACAACAUACCCAUCAAAGUCUCACAGGGAAUUCUAUAUCUAUACAGAGAAUUCCACAUAAGGAAUUGAAGACUAGCCAUCUACUUUUUGUCUCUGUGAGAGAUGCAAAUGGUUAGUAGGCAGCUGGUUUCCUUCUCCCUUCUAGUCAUUUUAUGGCUGAUGAUUUGUCCUAUGGUGCUGGCCUGUGGAUCGGGGAAUGGCAAUGCAUGUAAAGAUUGCAUUACUAAUCAGAUGAAGCACGGCUGCCCAGCAUGUGCACCAAUCCUACAGUGCAUGGCUCGAUGCUUGUGGGCUGGCGCUUCAAAGGCAAAGUGUAUUAAGAAGUGCGACUGCGAGGGUGCGAUGCUAACACUAUCCGACUGCAAGAGAUGCAUGUCGCACUGCAAAUGUAGCUGUGCAUCGUAUACAUGACUCUUCCCUUCCAUGCAUCUAUUCCGAGAAACAAAUUUGGUGCAGCAGGAUUGUCUAGCCUGGAUAUGAGCUUUCAGUUUCACCAUGCUUUUCUUGUAUUCUUCCUUUCAGAUAUUAACAUAUAUAUAUAUUAUAAAGUAUACUUUUAGUUUGGAAGCAAUCUAAUUGUAAUCCUGUGUCCAAAAAUCUUUUCUGUUAUAAAAAUUUAAUCGUAUGCUAACUUGAUA